CCCCUCCGGGACGACGAUUGGGAAAGCCUCCAAGUUUCUUUUGCCCUCCUCGUGGGGAGGAGCCAUGCAAACGAUGGGGCGUGACAUGCGAGGAGUAGGGCUUGUCUAGGCGAGGGAUGGGGCGGGGCUAAGGGGGAACGGGAGGUCCUGGUGGACAAGGUGUGGGCGAGAAGGGAUUAGUCUGUGUCUAAGUCAGUGUUCUUUCUGGAGGAGGGUAGGGCGGAGAGCAUCUUGAAGGGUUGGGGCCCCAGCUGACCAGACCUGUUCUCUAAACCUUAGUUUGAGGAGCCAAGAAAUUGGUGGGGAUUGGGGGAGGUGGAAUCCUGUCACUAACAUGGAACAUGACAUCACGCUUAUUUACCUCAAGAAUUUGGUGCUCUUGGGGAUGGAUGGGAGGGGAUCAGGAAAGUUGGGAGAUUCUGGGGGCAAGAGGAAAGGAGAAAGGAAUUGUGGCCAAUGUGGAGUGACUGUGGGUAAAUGGGGAGGAGAGUUCCAGACAAGUGGGGGAAGAAAGGGUUUUUAGUCUUCUGAGGAGUUAGUAUGGAGGGGAGUCCUUGGAAAGGAAGGCAGGGAAGUGCCAGGAUAAAUAGGGAACUCUCAUGUUUUAAUAUGUAUGUGAACUUUGUCACAGAAGCAUCAGAACUUUGGCCUUUCUCUGUAAGGCUAUCAGGAGGAAGGCACUGAGAAUUGCUGUGUAACUCACAGUCUAAAAGCUAGAACAUGCUCAAUUACAAACAUUUAUAUUUUCAGUAUAUAUAGAUAGAUAGAUAUAGAUAUAGAUAGAUGUAGAUAGGUAGAUAGGGUGGGCAAAAAGGGAAUUUGAGGCAGAACCACAUCAUGAGUAUAGAUCCAGUGGAUUCAGACUCAGAAAAUGUAGGUUAGAAUUUGGGGUUGGCACUUGUGUGACCCUAAAUAAUCCACUCUGGACCUCAGUCACCUCAUCUGUAAACAGAAAGUUUGGAUUAGAGAUUCUUGAGAGUCAUUUUAAAACUCUAAAUCCUAUUAUCCAACCCAGUUUCUAGGUCUGCCACACUGAAAUCUGGAUUAUGUGAGUGGAUAGCCAUUUGACUGUUAUGCCUCAGGAAUCAGAGACCCUGUGUUCAUCUUACCAUCCCCAGGGCACCAGGCUUCAUGUCAGUUACCAACUAUGAACGGUGGCCAAAAAAAUCAAUAUGCCUGGGUAGCUGAGUCAGCACCUCAGGAAUGGGUCUAAAAGGGGAGGCUGAAUGCCAGCAUGCCUUCCUUUCCUGAUGAGUCAGGACUUUAGGAAUGAGACUGGACAGGCUAACCAUCUAAGUUCCCUUCUCCUGUUUGAGUGAACCAAAAGCUUUCACGAAGAUCUCUGCUCAACCCAGCCAUCCUGUUCUAUCAUAUCUUAACCUCAGGGGAAUAUGAGAUGUCGUUCUUUUCAAGCUGAGGAAGUCCUAGAUCUCUUUUAUUUUUCAGUUCAUUUGGGUUUGCUUCUUGGAAGACCACAGGAAUUGUUUCAACAUUACUGAGUCAGAUAUGGGGAAGAGGCAAAGGCAGAAUGCCAUGAGGAAGGGCUUUGGGAGAGUUGUAGGUAGGGAAUGGGGUAUCCAGCUGGUGGGAGAGAGUAGGAAUAACUGAGGCCUGGGAGAUGUGACCUUGGGGUUCUCCUGGGAGUCUUGGGAGGGGCAUUGAGUGGUCAGACAGGUGAUUGGGAGUCAGGACGCCCGAGGCCUGCUUAUGCCUGAGUCACUCAGUGUUGUUGUCAUCAUCUGGAGAACCACAAGCUCUGCUCCCCAGAAAACAACAGCAGUGUUCCUGUUGGAGGAACCAGCCUGAUGUGGUCCCUCCAGAACUCCUCUGGGCUGCGGAUGGGUCCCCUGAUCCCAGAACAGGAUUAUGAACGACUGGAGGACUGUGACCCUGACUGUGACAACACCCAAAACUCACCCCUCCCAGAGGACCAGGAACCCCUGCUUCAUGUCCCUGAGGGGCUGAAGGGCUCUUGGCAUCAUAUCCAGAACUUGGACAGCUUCUUCACCAAGCUCUACAAUUACCAUCAGCGUAAUGGCUUUGCCUGUAUGUUUCUGGAAGAUGCCUUUCAGUUGGGACAGUUCGUUUUCGUUGUUACCUUCACUACCUUCCUACUCCGCUGCGUUGAUUAUGAUAUUCUCUUUGCCAAUCGACCUGUUAACCAUACCCGGCCUGGAUCCCACCAGAACCCUGGAAUCCUUCAAAGCAAGGUGACCCUGUCAGAUGCUAUCUUGCCUGCUGCCCAGUGUGCACAGCGGGUACGUUCCAGCUCGAUCCUGAUCUUCCUUUUGUUCCUGGCCUCAGGGUUUUGGCUAUUCCGUCUUCUUCGGUCCCUCUGCAACCUCUUGAACUACUGGGAUAUCCGAACAUUUUACAAGGAAGCCCUGCACAUUCCCCCAGAGGAUCUUAGCAAGGUGCCCUGGGGAGAGGUACAGUCUCGUCUCCUGGCUCUGCAACGAGGUGGUGGCCUCUGUGUGCUGCCCCGGCCUCUGACAGAAUUAGAUGUUCACCACCGUAUCCUGCGUUACCCCAACUACCUUGUGGCCCUGGCCAACAAGGGCCUGUUGCCAGCCCGGUUCCCACUGCCUUGGGGGGGCAGUGCUACUUUCCUCAGCCAGGGACUGGCUCUCAAUCUUGACCUUCUCCUCUUUCGUGGCCCAAUUUCCCUCUUUCGAGGGGGCUGGGCAUUGCCCAGUACCUAUAAGCGGAGCUGUCAGCGGCGGACUCUGGCUAUUCGACUUCGCUGGACUCUACUGUUUCUGGCACUGGUCAAUCUGGCUCUUUGUCCACUGGUGCUGGCUUGGCAGGGGCUACAUGCCUUUUUCAGCCAUGCAGAGCUGCUACGCCGGGAGCCUGGGGCCUUGGGAAUGAGACGCUGGUCCCGCCUGGCCCGCCUUCAGCUGCGACAUUUCAAUGAGUUGCCCCACGAGCUUCGGGCCCGUUUGGCUCGAGCCUACCGCCCUGCUGCUCAUUAUUUGCGAGCUGCUGCACCUCCAGCCCCGCUGCCUGCCCUCUUGGCCCGCCAUGCUGGCUUCUUUGCUGGUGCCCUGCUAGCUGCCCUGUUGGUGCUCACUGUGUAUGAUGAGGAUGUGCUGGCUGUGGAACAUGUACUGACUGCCAUGACAGGGCUAGGUGUGGCACUGACUGUGGCCAGGUGUUUCAUACCGGAGGAGGAGCUCUUGGGCCGAUCCCCUAAACCCCUGCUGCAGGCAGCUCUGGCUCACAUGCAUUACCUCCCUGAAGAGCCAGGAUCAGUCAGGGAAGCCAACACUCACCACCAGAUGUCGCAGCUCUUGCAGUAUAAGGCUAUCUCUCUCCUAGAGGAGCUUCUUUCCCCAGUCCUUACUCCCCUUGCUCUCCUCCUUUGGUUUCGCCCUCGUGCCCUGGAGAUCAUCGACUUUUUUCGGCAUUUCACUGUGGAUGUAUCUGGGGUAGGGGAUGUCUGUUCCUUUGCUCUCAUGGAUGUGAGGCGCCAUGGCCAUCCCCAGUGGCUCUCAGCAGGACAGACAGAAGCCUCCAUAUCCCAGCGUGCAGAAGGUGGGAAGACAGAGCUUUCCUUGAUGCGUUUCUCACUGGCCCACCCUCGCUGGCGCCCACCUGGGCACAGCUCCCGAUUCUUGGAGCAGCUUCGGGACAGGGUACAACAGGAUGCUGCUCUCUGGGCUGCUACUCCAAUCCGGUCACCCCCUACACCUGGUCUAGGUCCCAGCUUUCUAAGUGACUCUACCACAUCUGCACCUGAGGCACUCCUGGCCAGCCUGCUGUUACACCCCCUUCUGCCUCCCCGAGAACUGAGUCCAGUUGCUUCCUGCCCAGCUGCUGCAACUGCCAGCCUCCUGGCCUCCCUCUCAGGUUCUAUGUCCCAGGCUGGCCACGAUCAGAGUUGUGUGUCUCCAGGGGGUCCUGGGGUCCAAAACCCUGCCCUAUUUUCAGAGAUUGCCUCUGCUGAGAUGAGUCUUCAUGCUAUCUACCUGCAUCAGCUUCACCAACAGCAGCAGCAGCAGCAGCAGCAGCAACAGCAAGAGCCAUGGGGGGAGACUUCAGCCACUCCACUCCCAAGGCUUUGGCCUAGCCCCCAAAGGCCACUCACCCCUGAGGAUGAGACCCUGACCUGGCACAGUGAUGGUACCAGCCCUGCCUCUAGCUCUAGCUCCAGUCCCAGACAACAAUGGGGACCAAAGGGAGCUAGUAAUCUACCCCUUGGGGGGUGGCAGGAGGAGGAGAAUGUUCAAAUGGAACCAGUGUCGAAUCCAGGAAGUGGCUAAGAAGCCAACCAAUGUGGUUCUCCAUCACAAUUUUGAAGUGAAGAUGAGUAGACAAUCAACAUUCACCUGCUGGCACUUAUGAAGCCACCAUAGCUCAUAGAUUUCAAUGUUUGAGCCCAGUGAUUGGCAGACCCUUGGGAGUGGUGGGAAGUCUUGUGCUAGCCCCAGAGAACCCAAGUGAGGGUGGGGGUGGGGUGGGUCCAUGGGGAGAAAGUGGGGGAAUCUCCUGAACAAGAUGAAAGGAGGGCAAGCAGUAGACACUUCAUCCCACACCAGGCAUCUAUACCUCCUGACCCCGGCAGUGAGACAGAAGCUCCAUUUUCAUUACCAGGCCCCCCUUGAAGAGUGGAUCACAGUCAUGAUGGUAUGGUUGGAGUUAACUAAGCUGGCAGAAAUCGGACACUAGCUAUAAGGGAAGGGAAAAUGAAGCCAAGGUGGCCUCAAGCUCCACCUCUCCUGGCGCUGGGGCUAGGUGACAGGGGAAGGGUUGGCUCUUGAAGUCUGGAACAGUGAGGGGGCAGAGCUGCCCUCGGUAAUAAAGCACCAAAGGUCUCUUGCCUUCCUAUGGCUCUGUGUCCUCAGCCCCAAGCCUGGAGAGUUGCCGGCAGCCAAGACUCAGAGUCAGUAGCCAAGACAGUAGAGAAGGCUGGGUAGGGGGAGAGAGCACAGGAGCAGCAACAACUGUCUCCAGGGUUUCCUGGGGGCCAGGAGGGC